AUGAGUCGUGGGCGAUGCUGGGAGGUGCAGGAUGACUUGUGGGCGCUGCUGGACGUGGCUGAUAGACUCAGUCACCAGUCUGAUACUGAUGACUCAGAGUCUGAGUCCACCCCAGAUGCAGCAGGCACCCCUGGAGCUCCAGAGGGGGAAGGAGGGUCGGCUCCAGCCCCAAACCUCACCAGUAACAGACGACUGCAACAAACACAGGCCCAGGUGGACGAGGUGGUGGACAUCAUGCGCGUGAACGUGGACAAGGUUCUGGAGAGGGACCAGAAGCUGUCGGAGCUGGACGACCGGGCCGACGCGCUGCAGGCCGGCGCCUCGCAGUUCGAGAGCAGCGCCGCCAAGCUCAAGAACAAGUACUGGUGGAAAAACUGCAAGAUGAUGAUAAUGAUGGCUGUCAUUGGUAUUAUAUGUGUGGGAGUUGUCUUCUCUAUAAUUGAGCUCUCUUCUCUUGUCCAGUGUACUUCUUCUACUGAACUGGUCUUCACGGUGGGACUCAAGUGGAAGGACGAGACCAACGACGUCACCACCGAGGUCAAAUCCACACCUCCUCCUCUUCUUCUUCCUCCUCCUCCUCUCACCGAUGCCUUCCUCUGA